AUGGUUGUCUUGAACAAGUUCUCCGUUGUCCUUAUGGCCGCUCUGGCUGCUGUGGGUCAGGCCAACCACGAGGGUCUUCACGCUCGUCGUGUCCACGUCCGCUCCGUUCGGCCUGAGCCUUCCUCGAAGGCUUCCACCUCGACCGUUCUCGUUUGGCCCACUGCUGUCGAGCCGGCUCCUACCACUUCGUCUUCCUCUUCUGCUCCCUCGGUGACUUCCAGCUCCACUUCCGUGGCCUCUUCGAGCGUGGCUUUCAGAUCCUCCGCUCCUGUUGGUUCUUCCAGCAAGCCCGUCGGUUCCUCCAGCAAGCCUGUGGUGACCCGCACUCCUAUUAGCGCUCGUCCUACUGGUCGUCCCUCUUCCAGCGUCAGCUCUGUGUCUGCUCCCGCUGGCACCGAAGUCCCUACCACCAGCGCUGAGGUUGUGACUUACACCGUGACCUCUGGAGCUUCCACCAGCGUCAUCACCACCACCAUCUACAAGACCGCCACUGGCGAGCACACCGUCUCUGCCACUCAGUCUGGCGCUGAUGCCUCGGUCACCAAGCCCGCUCAGGACACCACCAAGACUCACACCUCUACUAUCCAGGCCACUAAGACUGAGACUGUCACCCUCAUCGAAGUUCCCUCUCCCUCCGGCGGGGCUGGCUCUGGCAACGAGUCCGGUGCUUGCAGCGCCGUCACUGUUACUGCUACCGUCACUGAGACUGUGACUGCUGGCGCAUCGAGCACCUCUGCUGAGACCACCUCUGCUGAGACCACCUCCGCUGCUACCACCUCUGCCGAGACCACCGCCACUGAGAGUACCACCGCGGUUUCUUCCACCCGCACUCCCAUCGGCUCCACUCGCGUUCCCAUCAACCGCACUCCUUCUUCCAGUGGCUUCGCUACCCGGACUCCCUCUGCCAGCCCCAGCGCCAGCGUGACCCCUACUCCCUCCUCUAGCGUCCCAGCCUCGUCCAGCAGCGCUCCCACUGGCAAGCCUUUCUUGCCCAACUGGCGCCACCACUUCUUCUAG